AUGGUAUUCAUAGUACCACCAGCGGUGCCACCUGCGGCAUAUUCGGUACCUCCUCCGGUCAUGCCCAUUGCAUACCCGACACCCCCGCCACUAGUGCCUACGGUUUACCUGGCACCACCACCACCAGUGCCGACGAUGAACCAGGCACCACCGCCACCGGUGCCUAUUGCACACCCGACACCCGCACCAGCAGCAGUAGUUGCUCCACCUCCAGUACCACCACCCACCAUACCUCCAGCCGCGCCCACCUAUGCUGACCCUACAGUGCCACAAGUGGCACCUGCCCUAGUCUAUGCAGUAGCACCGGGGGUACCUCCCCCGGCCUAUGCAGUGGUACCACCUGUUGUACCAGCUCCGGUGGUUCUGCCAGUUCCUGCAGCCGUCCCUACUCAUCACACUGAUAUAGUUGUGGCACGAGCUCGUAUCCCAGCUUUGGAAGAGUUGAUGAAGAGUCGAUUCACCCUAUUUCAUGGAGAGACUGAUCCGAGUGUGGCCCAGUCCUAG